AUGUGGGACUGGGCGCCGCUAUCACAAGCAGUGGUGGAGGUCAGGCUGGCUGACUGCGACCACCCUAUCCGCGAUAAAGUGCAGGGCACAGUGUCGGACGGGCAUGUCAGUGCCGGCGUGCUUUCCGCGACAUCAUUCGGGUGGGUAGCGGAACAGAUCGACCAUCUGACAGGCGAGAAGGGUCGUAGUGGGGUGAGCAUCGAGAGCGUCGGGAUGAAGGAGCUGAAGGCUUUGCGCGACAGCAUGGUUGAGUACGUCGGCAAGGUCAUUGCCGUAAAACGCACCGCGGCGCCGAAUUCUCAAGCCGCCGGACCCGCCGACAGUGCCAUUGAUGACGACGGCGCGGAAGGACAGAAGGCGCCCCAAGGUCCAGUUGCCGCCCAGCAUCAGGGGAACGCGAGGGUGCAUGGGGAAGGUGGAAACGGUGGAGGAGGCGACGCAGAGGCAGGUGCAGGAAGGUUGGAAACGGAGAAGUCGUCGUCGUCGUCUGAGUCGGAGUCGGAGUCGGAGGAGGAAGACGAGGCGGUGAAGCGUAAGGUCGAGGAGGAGGAGGAGGAGGAGGAGGAGGAGGAGGAGGAGGAUGAGGAGGAGGAGGAGGAGGAGGAGGAGGAGGAGAAUAAGGACGAGAAUGGUGAGAAGUGGGAGGGAGGGGAUGAAGAGGUGGAGCUCGUGGUGGAGUAUGUAGAGGGUACGGUUGAGGCGGGAGCGGCGGAAGAGGCGGUGGGGUCGGCAGAUCAGGGGAAUGAGGAAGAGAAGGAUGACGGCGCGGGAAAUGCUACGAGGUCGGCAGAUGUGGGGAAGGAGAAGGGCGAGGUCGGCGUGGAGGCAACGACGGGAAAUGGCCAGGAUGAGGCGGCCUGCGAGGGAGGUGGGAAGGUGUCGGUCGGCGCCGGCGAAGGGGCGAACAACACGGGCGUGCAGGAGACCGGGGAAGCACCUGGUCGGCAGGGCCCUGAACUGGACGACGUUGAGGAGCUGCGACGGGAGAACUGGUUGGUGCGGGCGGAGAACGCUCGGCUGGCAAUGUUGCUCGAUGCGGAGCGGGCUCGGCUGGUCGGGCUUUUUGUUGGGGUCAGUGGACUCGUCGACCACGUUAAAGGGUUGGCCGAGCAGGUCGACGACACCGAGAAGUAUGCCGCGGAACAGCUGCGAAACGCGACGGAGGCCAUGUCGAAGACCAUCACGGGCAAUAUCACCGGCAGCUUUGACGAAGCGUGGAAGUCGAUGAAGACAUUCGCGGAACAGGCGACGGAGUGGUUGGAGGACUUCGACAAUCCGGAGGGUCGUGUCGCAUAUGCACGGGCGGUAGCGGUCUCCGCCUUGGCCGAACACGUAGAUUCGGUGGUGGGCGAUGCGAAGAAGGGGUUGGAAGAGUACGUCUCGAACCACCUUGCCUCCGCGCAGGUCAACAUCGCCACCGCUGUGACCGCUAGGCUCGCCGUGCCGCCGCCGCCACCGCCUCAUCCCACGCCGCCCGCCAUCCCGGAAGAGCUUUUGAAGUCGUUCAAGGCCGACAUCAUGAAGGCGGUGACGGAGGCCACCCAGCAGUCUUUCGUUGCUUCCGGGAUGAAGAUGAUGACAGAGAUGAUCGGCACUGUGGCGCCAGGUCGACGUGGGUCGUCGCCUUCGGCCAAUGACGCCGAUAACGCGCAAAGAAAAACGGCCGAGAAGAAGGGCCAUAAGAGGACGGGCGACAAAGACGACAAGGAGAGCUCGAAGCGGAGCAAGGGAGCGGACGGUAGCCGCGGGUCGAAGCCUGCGCAACAGAGCGUGGUCGACCAGCUGAAGACGAAGGCGGGGUGGAAGGUGGUAAGGACGUCGCACAGCAAGGGAGGCGGAAGCGGGGGAGCAGAGGGUGGCCCUGCCGACGGGGUUGCCGCUAACGUAGCUGCUCCGACUGGCCCGCCUUUGGUCGCCGAGCAGACCCAUCCUCAGGCGAGCGGUGGGAAAGGCGUGACCGACAAGGAGUCAGGUGCGAAAAAAGAUGGGGAGCCUGCUCCAGCUCCAGCAGCCCCGGCUGCCGCCAAGGGCGUCGCGAAGGCUGCUUCGGCUAAGGGUGAUGCCGUGGCAUCAGCUAAGGCCCCCCCCGGUGGUACCGCGCUCAGAGAGAUGCUCCGCCGCAUGGAGGCACAUAGCAGGGACGUGCAGCAGCAUCCCGUGGUCGACGCCGGCCUUCCUGGAACAGCACGUUGCUCCGUCACUACGCAGGUUGCCGGCAAGUCGUCUGGUGCCCCACCUGCCGCGCCUCCGGUGGCCGCCCCACCGCCUGCGGACCCCAAGUCCGCUUUUCUUCGCUCCCAUUUAGGCGCACGCAAAGCGGCUGCUCCGUCAGUGACCCUGCCGGAACUCGGCAAAAGCGCGACGCCGACGUCGGUAAACGCGAUCGCACCCACACCAGGUGCAUCUGUGGUCGAUGUGGCGGCGGAGAAGGGAGUGAGUGCAGCGCUCGCCACCGGCGGCCGCGCAGACAAGCAUGCCAACCUCGCUGUCUUCAUGGCCCAUUUUGAGGCAGCAAAGCGCCCCGAGCACGCCCCUGUUAUGGCCAUCAUGGACACGGCGCAUGUGGUGCCGUCGGCGGCCCACGGAGGGGGUUCGGCCGCUAGUAGACGGCCGCUACGGCUGCUGUCGCCGAGAGAAAUGCUAGACGGAAGGAAAAGGACAACAACGGGAAAGGGAAGGCGGUCUCUCAGAGGAGGCCGCGGGCGAUACAAGGCUGGCGACGGGCAAGGGUGGGUGGGCGAGAUUAAGGUAAACGGGCAGAAUCGGUACAUCGGCAAGUCGAGGGAGAAGAUGGAGCUGGCCUACGAGCACGCGAUUGCGUUCGUCGUCUACGACGGCUACGUGAGCAAGGUGCUCAUGAAGGAGCUCACCGUCUUGAAGCCGGGGGAGUUGGAUAAAUGGAAGGAGGUAUGGGCGGAGGUCAAGUUCUUGCCGACGGGGAUGUGGACGGUGAUGUGGGCAAGAGGCUUGUGCCAUCCGAGAGCACGGUUCGACGACAUACUCGGCAGGUACCGUGGGUACGCAAGUUCGGGUGAUGCGAUUCAUGACGUGCUCUGGCCGGCGAUCUGGUUCCCCAUCAUCGAGGACACGGAGGAAGGCAAGGAAGAGACAGACGCUCUCAUGUCGGCGAUGGUAAAUCGCGUGUCGAUGUGCGCGGCGUAUGGGAAGGUCGCGGCGAGCGCGGCGUUUGGGAAGGUCGAUGCGAGCGUGGAGGGGAAGGCGUGUCAGAACAUUAUAGCUUACUUAUUUGUGUAG